AUGGAGUUUGUUACUGGUUUUAAACGUUGCAUGUUUAAUCAUGAGAGUAAGGUUCAGAAUCUGAAGAAGCAACUUGACAAACUGACAUAUGAAAGAGAUAGAACGAAGCAUUUCAUUGAAGUUGCCAUGGAAGAAGGAGAAGAGAUUGACCAAGGUGUCAAGAGUUGGGUGACUCAUGCAGAGGAGACAAUGAAGCAAGCGGGAGAGACCGUGAAGGAUCUUGAAGUGGAAGCAAAGAAGAGGUGCUUCAUCGGCCAGUGUCCUAAUUUCAAGUCUCUUAACCUGCUCCACAAGAGAGGCGAUGAGAAUAUACGCGCUGUUAUGGAGCUCAUUGAACAAGCAGAAUCUCACAAGUUGAACAAUAAGAGCAACAUUCAGAACUUGGAGAAUCAAGCUGAAGCUGCUGAUAAGAGCAACGUUCAGAACUUGGAGAAUCAAGCUGAAGCUGCUGAGAACAGAAACAGGAAGACGGAUGUUGAACAGGACAAGAAAACCAGUGAUGAGGUAGGGAAGGUGAAUAAAGUCGAAGAUAAGGCAGAGAAUAGAAGUUUGGUUGGGUUGUAUCCUAAACCCAAGUCUCCUUACCGGGUCAGUGGUGUAGCAGAAGAUGAGACCAAGGCCAUUAGCAAGCAGAUGAAACAAAGCAGGUUUGAUAAAGGUGUAUUUCCUGCUGGGACCCAGGAGACAGAAUCUAGGGCUACUCAAGGUUACGAGGCUUUUGAAUCAAGAAAAGAUACUAUGGAGAAAAUCUUGAAAGCCUUACAGGAUCCUGAUCUCAAGACCAUUGGUGUAUUUGGGAUGACCGGUAUAGGCAAGACCAUGCUUGUGAAAGAGGUUGCUAGGAGAGCCAAGGAAGAAAGCUUAUUUGAUGAGGUUGCAAUGGCAACUGUUUCACGGAAUCCAAACAUAAAGGAAAUUCAAGGAAAGAUUGCAGAUGCGUUAGGCCUGAAGUUUGAUGAGGAGAGUGUGUUUGCAAGAGCAAAGAGGCUGCAGCAGUGGUUGAAGAAAGAAGAUAAGAGGGCUCUUAUAGUUUUAGAUGAUCUUUGGCAUGGGAAAAGACUGGAAUUAGAAGAAGUUGGGAUUGAUUUUGAAGGUUACCACUACCAGAACAUUGCAAGCGAAGAAGAUCAAGGACCAGUGGUGCAAAAUGUCAGUGAAAAUGAUUUUCAGAAAUUCUCUGCUGGUAGAUUCAAAAUAUUGCUGACUUCCACAACUAAAGAAGUACUCACUGAUAUGAAAACUGCAAGGAUGUUCGAAGUCCAAGUGCUAACUGAUAAAGAAGCAACGGAUUGGUUUCAAAAAAUCGUGGGUGAUACUGCAAAGCAACCUGAUAACCAACAAAUAGCGACCAGAGUGGUGACAAACUGUUCAGGUUUUCCUGUUGCUAUUUCAGCAAUUGCAAUUGCAUUGAGAAUACGAGCCUUUAGCCAUUUGGUGGGCGCUUCGCAAAAUGAGAGAAAACCAAUUUCAACCAAAGAAGAAAAGCUGAAAAAUGUUUACUUGACCAUAGAUUUGAGCUACAGAUUGUUAGAGAAGCUGGAAUUGCAGUCGUUUUUCCAACUCUGUGCCUUGCUGCCCCAAGGUUCUGACAUUCAUGUGUCUGACUUGCUAAGAUACAACUUGGGUUUGAAAAUAGCAAGAAAUGUCAGCACACUGGAAGAAGCAAGGAAAAGUAUGAAUACACUCAAAGAUGCAGGUUUACUACUCAGCAGUGACAAUGAUGAUCUGGUGAAAAUGCAUGACAUUGUUCGUGAUGUCGCCAUUUGGAUUGCAUCUGAAGAAAAGCGGAUGUUUGUUAUAGAGGGUGAAAUCCAUAUGGAAGAACUGCUAAAGCAGGGAAAACUCAAAAAUUGCCCUGCUAUCUCACUGCCAUACUGUAACAUUCGCGAGCUUUCGCCCAAGUUGGAAUGCCCGAGGCUAAAGUUGCUGCUUUUGUUAAACAAAAACCCCUCUUUAAAAGUCCCCGACACUUUUUUUGAGGAGAUGAAAGAACUCUUGGUAUUAGAUUUGGCUGGUAUGAAUUUUCCUUCCCUGCCUUUAUCAUUUACUUGUCUAAGAAGCCUGAAGGAUUUAGAGCAGAGGAAGAACAAACAAAGACAGCAGAAACUAAUCUGUCACUUGAAUACUAGCAUGCUUCAACCACUAACACUCCUCUUUGGUAUUUCUGCUGGAAACACCAAGACCUUUCCUUAA